GGUAAAAAAGAGAAGGAGAGACGACGCAAUUAGUCUCCAUUCAUCGAUGUUCGUAGCGGGUGUGAAAAGUCAAAUUCGCGUCAAGGUGCAAAUUACCCUUGAUUUGCAUAGAUAGCAAGCCGCGCGCCCGCGUCAGUCCAUUGUCUUCACGUCCGGUUUCAACAUGGCGCGUCCCGGAGACGACGACUUCGAGUGGAGUGACUUUGAUUUUAGCGAUUUUGAGGAGGAGUUAGAAAUAUUAGAGCGAGAGGACGAAUACAGAGUUGAAGACGACCUUUCCGAUUGCUCUGAUAGCGAAAAGCAAAGCUCUGCGGUAACCAGCGCUGCAGCAAACAGCGCUAGCGUUGCGACCAGCGGCCGCGGGGCGUACGAGUGUGACGUCUGCGGGAAAGUGUACAAAAACGCCGGCUGGCUUGGCAAACACAAGUCGAAGGAGCACCCAAAAGCAGCUGAAACCCCACAGCCAGGGACAUCCAACAGCAGCACUUCUGAUCACACGACCCCGAAAGGAGCAGAGAAAACUACCAAGCCACGUCGCAAGCUCCAAGUCAAGAGACCAACUUCGAAGUUCGAACAGAAGGACGCACUGCAGGAAGGACCAGAGCUCCUGAAGAACGCCCUACAAGAAGCCACCACCUAUCCCAUCUGGCAGCUCACAUUGGGUACAGAUACUCCGGGGAACAUAGCAGCCAGAACAGCAACCGAAGUUUUGAACACUUACACAACUGUUGACCACACAAACUUCAUCACUACACUGUGCACUCAGCUCUGGUCUGUGAUAACUGCUGCAGAUUCUUCUGUUCUGUGUAGUGCUGGUAAUGAAUCAAUGUUUAGUGCAUACCACAAGCUAUGCUCUAGUGAGAGUUUCCGCACACUGUGGGACAAUUUUAUGUCAAGUCUAGGGAAGGCUCCUUGCAAUUUGUUGUACCAGUUCAUAACAGGGAGAAUGUUUGAGGGCCUGCUGGAAAAGAAACACAAUGUGGAUGUUCCCCCUAAUACUGCUAAUGUUACUAAUGAUGAUACUGCUAUGACUGAUGCUGAAGAGCAGGUGCUUCGGUAUAUUGCAGGGUAUAUACCACACGCUUUGUUGAAACGCUACCAGAAGUACGACAGUAAGAUUGCCAAACUCUAUGUUGCAUUUCUUGUCCAAUGGAAGGUUCCAGGUAAUAGCCACUCACACACAUCUUUUCUGAAGUUCACAGAAGGCUGGGUAAAUGCUGUCAAUCGUGGUGGGCUGUUCACUGUAUCUGACCAGGUAUACCUAUUUUUCCGAGCUAUGGAAAAGGUUGUGAGAUCUACUGUAAACACUCAGCAGCUACGCCAGGAUAGGCUCAAAGGAGUGAAGAACGACAUCAUAACCAAACUGGAGACAGAUUUUUUGGUGAAUAAGUAUUGGUGCACCCUUGCCUGUAAUAUCACUGAUGAGAAGGCUAGUGUAGCCUUACUAGAGAAGAUUCUUGUGUACUAUGUGAACCUGAGGUGCCGAGCAUUUGCUGACGCUUACAUACUGGUAAAGAGACACAAAGACAAUGCAGCGACAUCCAAAAAGGGUGAAAAGUCUCUAAGAAAGUCCUUGAACACCUCAGACUGCUGACUACUGUACUAGUAUGAGACUAUGACUACUGUUUUUCCUCUGUAAAGAUGCUGUACAAUACAGGUCAUUGUAGCUAGGAGUAGGAUGUAGCCUUAUAUAAUCUGUAUUUGCUACAAUGCAUUUUGCACACCAAUGUGUCACUUUUAAUUAUUUACAGUUGCCAUUCUCAUCAGACAGAUGUGAAGCAUGAUAUGCUUUUUCUAGUAGGUGUGCUUGUGCAAUACUAUUUCACUAGUUACAGUAAGUCAGUUAUUGCACAUAGAACAUUGUAUAUAUACAUAUAUGUAUAUGCAUUAGAGUUGUACUUGCUCCUAUACCAAUGUGUUGUAGUAAGUCAGUUACAUGAGCUCACAUAGUAAGUCAGUUACAUACAUACCUUCAGAUAUUGACUUGUUUCAUGCCUGAUACAUAAUAUACAUGUAUUGUACAUCCAUUACAAUGCUGCUGUACAAUGUACAUAGUGCUAACAUGAUAUCAAUCUAUCAGUAAUGUUCUUCAUACAUCACUGUCAACACAUUUUGUAAAUCAUAGAUAACAUUUCUGGAACUUACUUUAUAUGUAAAUAGUUAUCUUCAAGUGGUUGCAUAAUACAGAAUGAUUUUGAAAAA